CACACCUGCAAUGUCUCUCUCUCACAACACACCAUACCACAACCCAAAUCCUUCUAUUUGUCUCUUUUCUUGUGCUUAUUGCUUGAAUCACCACCAUGGCCGAAGAAAAGCACCGCCACCACCUCUUUCAUCGCAAUAAGGACGAGGAGAAACCCACUGGGGCCGCUGAUGUCUACUCUCAGACUUCUGAGUUCUCUGAGAUUACGGAUUAUCCUAGCAGCUAUAAGACUUCUGAGUUCUCUGAGACUACGGAUUAUCCUAGCAGCUAUAACUCACCACCUGAUGCUCCAGACUACGAAAAAGAAGAGAAGCAACACAAGCGUCGCGAGCAUUUGGGCGAACUCGGUGCAGCUGCUGCAGGUGCUUAUGCCUUGUACGAGAAGCAUGAGGCAAAGAAAGAUCCUGAACAUGCUCACAGACACAAGAUAGAAGAGGAAGCAGCAGCAGCAGUGGCGGUCGGAGCUGGCGGAUUCGCCUUUCAUGAGAAGCAUGAGAAGAAAGAAGCCAAGAAAGAAGAUGAAGAAACUCAUGGAAAAAGACAUCACCAUCUCUUCUAAGUGUGCUUAAUCAGUUAAUCAAUUAUCUGUGUGCUUAUACGUACGCUAUCAUCUCACGAAUAAUGAAAAUAAAGUAUUUGUGUGUGUAAAUGUGGCUUUCAAAAGCCAAGACUUCUGCAGGUCUGUUAGUAUUUUGUAGCUCUGUGUUUACUUCUAUAUUUUUAAUUAUAAUAUUUAUGUUAUAAUAA